AAUUAGCACGUCUGCGUAAUUUGGAUUUGUCCGUAAACAACUUCAGCGGGCCAAUACCUGAGGAAAUUGGGAACUGCGAAAACAUAAUAUCCUUGAAACUAAAUGAUAACAAGUUAACUGGACAAAUUCCAUACCAGGUUGGGAAUCUGGAUGCUUUGCAGUCUAUUCUUGAUCUCAGUCAAAAUGAACUCAAUGGAGAGAUAUCACCACAGCUUGGGAAUUUAAAAAGUUUGGAGUUCUUGAACCUCUCUAACAUCAAGUUAUCUGGUUUAAUACCCUCUUCUCUACAGGGGAUGCUGAGUCUUACAUCCAUUGAUCUUUCAAAUAACGAACUCGAGGGUCCAGUUCCAGAUGUGAAUGCCUUCGGAAAAGAUCCUGUCAAAGCCUUAGGAGGUAAUCAAGGUCUGUGCAGCAAUGAGUUGAAGAGUUUGAGCCCCUGUGGUGGUACGCCAGCAUCCAGCAACCGCAGCAAAAGAAAUAAAUGGAAAUUGAUAAUAGCAGUGGCUGUUCCAGUUGCCAUAUUGCUAAUUCUUCUUCUGAUCCUGUUUGGAAUUUUCUGCUGCUGCCGUAACCACAAAGAUGACUCAGAUGAGGAAGACCUAGAUUCAGGUGGUGACAGUUCAUUCUCGGUAUGGAACUACAAUGGAAACGUAGUUUUCAAGGACAUUGUAAAAGCAACAAAGAAUUUUGAUGAGAAGUACUGCAUAGGAAAAGGUGGACAAGGAAGUGUAUACAAAGCAACACUUCAAAAUGACAUAAGUUUUGCUGUAAAGCGACUCCAUGAUACAUCAUCAUCAUCCAGUGAAAAUGCAUCAGAGGCGACACACUACAAGAGUUUUGAGUCUGAAGUACAUGCACUGACAGACAUACGGCAUCGAAAUAUUGUGAAAAUGUAUGGUUUCUCAUCACGGAAGGGCUGCAUGUUCUUGGUAUAUGAAUAUGUGGAAAGGGGUAGCUUGGCAAAUGUGUUGUAUAAUGAGAAAGAGGCAAAGAAUUUGGACUGGUCGAGGAGGUUAAACAUUAUCAAAGGUGUGGCGCAGGCCUUGUCUUACUUGCACCAUGAUUGCACCCCUCCUAUUGUGCACCGAGACAUAACCGGAAAUAACAUUUUACUGAACCCAGAAUAUGAAGCUAAGGUCUCAGAUUUUGGGACAGCAAGGUUGCUAAAACCAGAUGAGUCUAACUGGACAGUACCAGUCGGCUCCUAUGGCUACAUUGCUCCAGAGCUUGCAUCUACAAUGAAGGUGACAGAGAAAUGUGACGUAUACAGUUUCGGAGUUGUUGCACUGGAACUCUUAUUCGGGAAACAUCCUGGGGAAUUCCUUUUGCACCUACAGUCUGAAGGAUAUGAUAUACUUCUAGUGGAUGCAUUAGACAAGCGCCUAACUCUCCCAACUGGAGCAAUUGCAGAUGAAUUGGUGUUAAUAGUAACCUAUGCUUUAGCAUGUACACGUACAUCUCCAGUUUCUAGACCGACCAUGCAUUUUGUAAGUCGUGAGCUUACAGCAAAGACAGUUCUUCCUAUCCAUGAGAACUUUCACUUGCUCACAUUGAAGAAAUUGAUCAAGAUUUUGUAAUGAACUAUAAGUUUCAAUGAAUAAUAUAUCAAUUCAGUUCCUUUAUCAACCCAAUCCUCCUAAACAAUGUUGACUUGAUUCAAUUCACUGACAUUCUACUACAAUAGCAAAAAAGAGGGAUUGAAAAGUCUUACAGCACACGUAAAUAGCAGUAGA